AUCGGCGUCUCGCGUACGCGCCGUGUGAGCGCCGCGACGCGCGAUUCAACCUCUAGUAUCGCACUGACGCGCGUGCUGUUUCCUUCGUCACCGAGCAGCUUGUAUUUAUAUUUACACUCGUAGUUCUAUCCGGAUUUUUUUUAUCAAUUAUUAUUCAACAUUAACAAUAGUGUUAUUUGACAAUAGUAUUUAAUUGUCUUGUUUUGUGAAUUUUUUUGUUGGUUCCAUAAAAAAAAAAAAAAAAAGAACAUUUAUUCCAUUGUGAUAUUUUAUUCCGAUGCUGACUAAUUACUUGGAUUUGGUAAAUGAAUAACUAUUGAAAGCUGUUGGCUGCUUUGAUCUCCGUUUUUUCCAAAAACAAAGAUUUGAGUGAAUAGCUGGGAUGUAAUCCCAGAAAAUGACCCGAGGCACAUUAUUAGUCACAGCACAACUUCCGUUUACCUACAACUGAAAAAAUUGCAAGAGAACUGUCGAAUAUUCGCCCUUUCAUCGAACAAAAAAAAAGACCUCAAUACAGUGGUAAAAAACUGAAGCCGAUAAAUCAAUAAAAUAAUAAUCAUCAGUAGAAUUUGAUGUGCUUAAAAAAUUGCAAUGGAAAAAAAAUUAGCACGUGAGAUGUUUUAUUGCGAUAAAAAAUCAAAAACGAUGCCUCUGUACUGAUCAGCUGGACAAAGAUUCCAAAAUUACAAAUUGAAGAUGGAAAAAAUUUAUUUUUCAACGGCCUACCCGCCGGUAAAUUUAACUCCUUGGAACGAGGUCUGGAUUAGCGAUUUUGAUAACAUCACUUAUGAUAAUGUUACGGAUAUAGAUAGCAACAAAUUUACACUGCCGCUAUGGCGUCAAAUUUUAUGGUAUUGUUUGUUUGUGAGCAUGAUUAUCGUCGCAACUGGUGGAAAUUUGAUAGUUAUAUGGAUCGUGUUGGUGCAUAAACGUAUGAAAUCGGUGACAAACAUAUUUCUGGUUAAUUUGAGCAUCGCUGAUACUUUAGUGUCAAUGCUCAAUGUUACCUUCAAUUUUUAUUACAUGUUACACAGCCACUGGACAUUCGGGAAUUUGUACUGCAAAGUCAGCCAAUUUAUUUCUGUUGUCACUAUCUGCGCCAGUGUUUUCACGCUCAUGGCUAUCUCUAUUGACCGGUACAGAGCGAUAAUAAAGCCGCUGCGCCAGAAGAUGAGUCGCCGUACAACUUUGAUGGUUGCGUUAAUAAUAUGGGUAGUUUCAUCGAUACUAUCGCUACCAAAUUUGAUUUUUUUCAAUAUAUACACUGUCACUUUUCCCAAUGGCGACGUCAGAUUGGUUUGCUACGGCGAUUGGCCCAAUAAGGAUGAUAAUCAAUUCAGCCUCACAGAAUACAUAUAUAAUGUUUUGUUUAUGGUGCUGACAUAUUUUUUGCCAAUCGGAUCGAUGACUUAUACGUACGCAAGAAUUGGACUUGAAUUAUGGGGCUCACAGAGUAUUGGUGAAAUUACUCAUAAUCAAUUAGAAAGUAUCAAGGGUAAACGACGAGUCGUGAAAAUGAUGAUCGUAAUCGUAUCAAUAUUUGCAGUCUGUUGGCUACCAUUUCACGUUUACUUCAUUGUUGUAUCUUCCGUACCAGAGGUAACCAACGAACCAUACAUCCAAGAAGUUUACUUAGCCAUCUACUGGUUAGCAAUGUCUAACAGCAUGUACAAUCCUAUGAUUUAUUGCUGGAUGAAUUCAAAAUUUCGGCGAGGAUUUUCCGUAGUGUUUCGGUGGUGUCCAGGCGUUCACGUGGAACCCGAACAUGCGUUGAGCAGAUCGGAAGUAAUAACACGUUACAGUUGUACAGGAAGUCCAAUCGGUAAUACGAGGAUUUCAAGAAAUGGUACUGUGAGGAUUCCGAUGCACUUGCAAUCAGGAUCAAUGAGAUGUCGGAACAAUAACAACAAUGGAAACAACAGCAAUGGCAGCCAGCACCUCAACCAGUCAACACGGCAACUAAAUCCUUACUCUCAGGUCCAUGUUUCCUGACAUCAAGAAAGCGCGCUUACGCGCGCUAAUUCUUCAAUAAAUGUAUAAUAUAAAGAGCCUAAAAUAAUUAUUAUAGUUAUAAUUAAUA